UUUGGAUUCAGUGUGUCGCGCAUGCGCAGUGGCAGUCUCGUGCAUUGUGGGAGCGGAUUGAGAAACAUGGCGGCGCGCAUCAUUGCCCGGUGUGUCCGAUCACUGAACCACCGUUCUGUAUAUUUUAAUCGUAUCAAUACUACCGCGACGUUAACAGCAGCUCCGCUCACCCAUGACCGAACAUUUUCAUAUCUGACUAAUGGACACAAAUCUCCGCUGGCGCAGAUCUCCAGCAGCUCAUUUCAGGUCUUGCAAUGGAGGCAGUAUGGUGACUUGCCCCCAUUAACCCUAGAGACUAUUCAUGACCGUGUCCUCUACGUCUUGAAGCUCUAUGACAAGAUCAACCUUGAGAAGCUUCAGGCUACAUCUCACUUCAUGAAGGAUUUGGGAUUGGACAGUUUAGACCAGGUGGAGAUCAUCAUGGCCAUGGAAGAUGAAUUUGGUUUUGAAAUCCCUGAUGCUGAAGCAGAGAAGUUGAUGACACCACAAGAGAUUGUUCAGUACAUCGCAGACAAGAAGGAUGUUUAUGAAUGAGCAUAAAUAAUCAUUAUAAAGAUAAUCCCAUCAAAUGACAAAGACCAUGGAGCUUUUGUCACAAAUUGUUUAUGUUUCUGCUGUUCUUCUUUAUUCUUUUUGUAUUUAGAUGCAUGUUUAAAUCAGUGUUCAUAAUUGUGUUGGUCUGCAGCAUUCUCUGCUAGAUACAUUCACAAGCUCCUCUUUCAAACAAUGAGAGUGUGCAAAUAAUGUGAAUGUCAUAUGAUUUCUAGAAAAUAAAGACUUUAAAUCAGUUUAAA